UAUUCAAGCAUGUACACUCCAUUGAGGUGCGUGUGCAGCGGCAGCGACAGAUGGCGGUCUCCUCUUCCCUCGGGAAGGCAAUCUCUACGAAUGCGAACGCGUGUCAAUCACCCGCUCUCAUGUGAUGGCGCCUGCCAGUGACGUGCCCACCAUAUGGCCUGGCAUCAGAGCAGGUAGGCUAUGUAACGCUGCCUGCAAGGGAUACCGCACCGAUUCGCUGCAGUCCGGAAAAAGGAUAAAUCGUAUCGGAUCAAGAGACAAUUGAGCUUUUCUUUUUCUUCUCAGCGUAGUAGGGAACUAUAGCGCGGAGAUGGUGUAGAUAUACGCGGCCUCAUCCAUAGAGCACCACAAACUAGUGCCGCUGCCAUGUUGACUAGAUUAUUCAACGAACCUUCACUGCUUCCGGAUAUGCAGAAGUUCGGGGGCUGGGUGGAUGACAGCGGGAGCGAGGACUGCAAGGACGAGGAGCAGGAGCGCUGUCGCCUAGGCGACGAGGACUUGGACGACGGCGAUGUGAAAGACGGGAGCAGCCGGGCUCAGUCAGAAAUUGCAGGGGAGGAGGACGAUGAUGAGGAUGUUGAUGAAGAUGAUUGUGGAGAUGACGGGGACGGAGACAGGCCCAAAAAACGUGGGCCAAAAAAACGCAAAAUGACACCGGCUAGGUUAGAGCGCUCGAAAGUACGGCGACAAAAAGCAAACGCAAGAGAGCGCACACGCAUGCACGAUCUAAAUUCAGCACUGGACAAUCUACGCAAGGUCGUACCAUGCUAUUCAAAAACUCAGAAACUCUCCAAAAUUGAAACACUAAGGUUGGCGAAGAACUACAUUUUGGCGCUGUCAGAAAUUCUGCGGAAUGGAAAGAGACCGGACGUGGUUUCCUAUGUACAGACACUGUGCAAAGGCCUCUCCCAACCCACGACCAAUCUGGUGGCUGGGUGCCUCCAACUUAACUCAAGGAAUUUUCUAAUGGAACAAUAUCAAGAGGGAGCGCGCUUUCACUUACCUAACCCCUCGUUCUCAAUGCAUGCAUUUCCGUACCAGUGCUCCCGUCUGUCAAGCACACACUGUCAGUCCGGGUCCAAUGCACAUAGCCUCCGAAAUCACUCUUUCUGUUCGGCCUAUGAGGCUCUGUACACCGAAAGCACGUCCCCAGAAUACAACAGUCCAGAUUACGAGAGUCACCACAGCCCUCCGAUGUGUGUAAAUGGUAACUUUGCUUUAAGACAACAGGAUUCACUGUCACCAGACGCGGAAAGAGGUUAUCAAUAUUCAAUGCAUUACACCAAUCUGCAUAGCUCACGUUCCUCCGCUAGUCAUUGUCUUGCUUACGGCCCAACAGGAACUCGCAGCGGCAGCGCUCACUCAGAGACUUCCACCCUUGCACCGUUUCAUGAUGUACAUGUGCACCAUGAUCGUGCGCCUCCAUACGAUGAACUCGACGCCUUUUUCCACAAUUAGGUGAUUUUCCAUGUUAAUG